AGGUGGAAUUAUUAUUUACGUCACCUUGAUAAUAAAAAUAAAUACAUUUCCCAGAGUCCUUUGGCACAAUACGGCUCAGCAGUGCAGGUUGGGUUGACUCUGGCUGCAGAUGACUGGAAGCGAAACCAUUUGGCAUAGAUGUAAUACGUUGAAGCCCAGCUCUCUUUCUAGUUGCCGAAUAAUGAACGAAAUACAGAAAGAGUGAUAUAAUGGCUGUUGAAGCUGUCUACUACAACCUGAGUCAGAAUGGCAUAGAUCAUUCAUCCUGCACAGAAGAAGUGUGCUUAGAGCUGCAGACAGAAAGCGCAGAGAGUCCAGCGGGGAGUGAGGAGAGUAAUCCAAGUCUGCCAGAGACUAAAGGAAGCCCAAAACAACAGAACUCGGAUGCAGAAACAACACGGCCUGGCAAUGUGAAGCUGUCCAAGCCAGUAGCUCUAUGGACCCAGCAGGAUGUCUGUAAGUGGCUGAAGAAACAUUGCCCCAACCAGUAUCAAAUCUACAGUGCGUCCUUCAAACAGCAUGAUAUAACAGGUCGGGCUUUGAUGAGACUGACAGAUAAGAAGCUGGAGAGGAUGGGGAUAGUACAGGAAAGCCAGCGACAGCACAUCUUGCAACAGGUUCUGCAGCUGAGAGUGAGGGAGGAAGUCAGGAACCUGCAGUUACUUACGCAAGCCUCGCUGGAGAGUUCACAGUAGUGUCCCCAUUCCAGAGGCAGAGAACCACCUGACUGCCGCUUCCGCGAGAUCACAAGCAAGUGGCCUCUUCAAGGAAGAAAAUGGAAGAAAAAUGAAGUCUGAAGAGAUGUUUCCAAAAAGUGGAAGUGGAAGCGUCCCUUUGUUUACUAGUAUACUGUACUUCAAAUAAAAAAUAGCACUUUAUAUAUAAUAUAUAAUCUCUCUCUCUCUCUCUCUCUCUCUC